UCAGGAUGAUGUCCGACGAAAACACGAUCAUCAUCGACUGCCAGAAAGACUCUACUUCUGUACCGUCUGUUCCAGAUCCAGGCCAUGCCACCGUCGAGUUAGCUGGUAAUAAUGUUUCAUCUUAUGAUAAUUUUUUGGUUAAUUAGUGUUAACUGAUAGAUAACAAUUAGGAAGGAGAUGACUUUGAUUCAGAACGAGUCUAUUGAUUUAGCUAAGAUGACAGUAAUUGGUAUAGAUUUUAAAAAUCUAGUCUUUUUGUUUGAAUUUUGGGUCCAUUUUAUUCUCCAGAUUAAGAAUGUUGGUUAAUUUGGAAAAAUGGAUCACAAAAGAGCACCAUUGUUUCUACUUAUCACCACCACAUGGCUCUAGCUGUGAAACCAAAAGACGGAACCAUGCACGUGGCUUCUGCAUCUGCUGGUCACCAAGAAGUUUUGAUACACACAAUGCUUACUUUGCCUGAUAUAAUGCAAUGAACAGAAGCACGUAUUUUCGACAUUAUGGCGUUGACCUAAAAUGCAAAUGAUAGGGACCACAAGUUGUUAGCCCAAGCUGUUGAAGAAGCAUAUAUCGGAGUCGAGUGUGGCGAUGGUCGCCCGUUUGGAGCGGUUAUCGUUCAUAAUAAUGAAAUCGUUGUGAGCUGCCACAAUAUGGUUUUGAAAAACAAAGACCCAACGGCACAUGCUGAAAUCAUAGCCAUUAGAGAGGCAUGCAAGAAACUGAACAAAAUCAAGCUAUCGGAAUGCGAGAUUUACGCAUCCUGCGAGCCUUGUCCAAUGUGUUUUGGAGCCAUCCAUCUCUCAAGACUCAAGAGGUUGGUUUAUGGGGCAAAAGCAGAAGCAGCUGUAGCCAUUGGGUUCAAUAGCAUCAUAGCCGACGGUGUGAGCGGCAUUGGGUGCUACCAUAAGUCUAACCUAGAGAUUAUAAAACUCGAUGCGAGUAUUGCCGAGCAAGUGUUCCAGAACACAAAGGGGAAGUUCAAUUUAUAAUAAGCUCUUUUUGUCAUCUCUUGUAGAAGAAGCAGCGAAAAUGUAUUGACUUACUUUCAAUUUUUUUGUUUCAGAAUAACUGAAAAUUUCGAUCAAUGUAUCUGUUUGUUUGUGUUU